CAUUCACUGCUUAUUUGAAUCAUUACUACAAAUUUUGUUCACAUAAGGACAUACAUAAUGUUCAAAUAUUUAGCUAUACUAUUAUUGGCUAUUGGCUGUAAGGCCGAAGAAGCUCAACCUGUGGACAGCGCACAGGUAGCCUCUGGAUCAGUACUGACUAGUCUGACAGGACUGGGAGGUGCAUACGCUGAUUUUCAAAAGCAAAUCCUGGCCUCACAACCACCAGAAAAGACAUUUACUUUAAGAGCUGGUGAAGCAUUGCCCGCACAUUAUGGAACUCCACAAGUGGUGUCAUCAGGUCCUGACCAUCAGGAGCUGGUUGUACAGCACCCACAGCCUCGAAAAAUCCUAGUCCGUGUUGUUAAGCCUAUCAUAUUUGAGGAACGCAUUGUUAUUGUACCAUAUCGUCGAGUGACACAUGAAGUGCGACCAGUUAUUGAAGAAAGACAUACAGUUAUCUAUGGAAAAGAUGGCAAACAAAUUGGUGGACAGGGAGACUCCAAGUCCUCGUCAUACCCCGUGGCUUCAGCAUCGGGUGCCUCAAGUCGUGUUGUUGCACAACCUGUUUAUACCGAACCAAUUGUCCGCAAAGUGGGCCAAACAUUAACUAAAAGGACGUCCAUUGACUUUUCGGCCGGCAGUCGUCCCAAUCCUCUUGAGAACAGACGUUCACAAAGAGACAGAAUUAUGAGCAGAAUUCACGCUCAGAGAGAGAGGCGUUAGCUUUAGGAGGCGUUUGUUGUGAUUUUAUGUCCAUUUAUUUUAUAAUUCAAUUGUCUUUUACUUUCUAAAUCAUAUAUUUCAUUAUUUGUAUUAUAUUAUUAUUGUA